UUUCAUCCCAACUCGCUACAGUCGAUUCUGAACUUUCGGAUUGAGGGUGCUGGAGGACGCUGUCACCGCUUUUCUUCUCUGCUCUAUUUCAACACGCGUGGAUCGAAGUAAACUUAAUAUGAAAACAUGUCUGUAAAUGAAGUGUACGUUUUCAGACCAUUCAAGUUGAUUGCUUUACUUUGUGUCUUUCUGGCAUUGUGUCUGGACAUUGUAGCGUUAUUGAGUCCCGCCUGGGUAACCGCAGAGCGGUUUUCUUUGUCGCUAUGGGAAUCAUGCACCGAAAAAGACUCUGGCUGGAGAUGCCUUUCCACCCUCAAAUCUGACUGGCAGAUAGCCACCCUCGUGUUGCUGCUGGCCGGUGCUGCGGUGACUCUGGUGGCCUUCCUGGUGGCCCUCAUCUCCCUGUGCCGGGGGACACACAGACAGCACUACCGCACAGUAGCCGUGUUCAUGUUUGCUGCAGUGGUCCUUCAGGCCUGUGCACUAGUCCUCUACCCAAUCAAGUUCAUUGAUGGGACCGUCCUGCAGACCUACCAUGAGUUCAACUGGGGCUACGGAUUGGGCUGGGGAGCCACCAUCUUCAUGCUAGGGGGAGGCAUCCUCUUCUGCCUCCGGACGGACAUGUACGAAGACGCUAUGUACUGAGCCCUCAUCUCUCUCCUUCUCCUACUCUCUCUAUCUCUCUCUUGCUCUUUCUGUCACACACACACGCACGCACGCACACACACACAAAUAAAUAUUCACACCCAUACUCUGGUACAACAACACACACACACACACACAAAUAAAUAUUCACACCCAUACUCUGGUACAACAACACAUACGCACGCACACGCGCACACGCACACACACACAAAUAAAUAUUCACACCCAUACUCUGGUACAACAACACAUACGCACGCACACACACAAAUAAAUAUUCACACCCAUACUCUGGUACAACAACACACACACACACACACACACACAAAUAAAUAUUCACACCCAUACUCUGGUACAACAACACAUACGCACGCACACGCGCACACGCACACACACACAAAUAAAUAUUCACACCCAUACUCUGGUACAACAACACAUACGCACGCACACACACAAAUAAAUAUUCACACCCAUACUCUGGUACAACAACACACACACACACACACACACACACACACACACACACACACACACACACACACACACACACACACACACACACACACACACACACACACACACACACACACAAAUAAAUAUUCACACCCAUACUCUGGUACAACAACACACAGACACACAAAUAAAUAUUCACACCCAUACUCUGGUACAACAACACACACACACACACACACACACACACACACACACACACACACACACACACACACACACACACACACACACACACACACACACACACACACACACACACACACACA